GGCGCCCCGAGCCCGGGCCCCGCGCGGCCCGUGCCCCCGGCCCCUGCUGAGCCCCGGGGGCCCCGCCGUGGCUGAAGCCAUGUUCCCCGUGUUCCCUUGCACGCUGCUGGCCCCCCCCUUCCCCGUGCUGGGCCUGGACUCCCGGGGGGUGGGCGGCCUCAUGAACUCCUUCCCGCCACCUCAGGGUCACGCCCAGAACCCCCUGCAGGUCGGGGCUGAGCUCCAGUCCCGCUUCUUUGCCUCCCAGGGCUGCGCCCAGAGUCCAUUCCAGGCCGCGCCGGCGCCCCCACCCACGCCCCAGGCCCCGGCGACCGAGCCCCUCCAGGUCGACUUGCUCCCGGUUCUCGCCGCCGCCCAGGAGUCCGCCGCGGCUGCUGCGGCCGCCGCCGCCGCCGCUGCCGCCGUUGCCGCUGCGCCCCCGGCCCCCGCCGCCGCCUCCACAGUGGACACAGCGGCCCUGAAGCAGCCCCCGGCGCCCCCUCCGCCAGCCCCGCCCGUGUCGGCGCCCGCUGCCGAGGCCGCUCCCCCCGCCUCUGCCGCCACCAUCGCCGCAGCGGCGGCGGCCACCGCCGUCGUAGCCCCGACCUCGACGGUCGCCGUGGCCCCCGUCGCGUCUGCCUUGGAGAAGAAGACAAAGAGCAAGGGGCCCUAUAUCUGCGCCCUGUGCGCCAAGGAAUUUAAGAACGGCUACAACCUCCGGAGGCACGAAGCCAUCCACACGGGAGCCAAGGCCGGCCGGGUCCCCUCGGGUGCUAUGAAGAUGCCCACCAUGGUGCCCCUGAGCCUCCUGAGCGUGCCCCAGCUGAGCGGAGCCGGCGGGGGAGGGGGAGAAGCGGGUGCCGGCGGCGGCGCGGCCGCAGUGGCCGCCGGUGGCGUGGUGACCACGACCGCGUCGGGAAAGCGCAUCCGGAAGAACCAUGCCUGCGAGAUGUGCGGCAAGGCCUUCCGCGACGUCUACCAUCUGAAUCGACACAAGCUGUCGCAUUCGGACGAGAAGCCCUACCAGUGCCCGGUGUGCCAGCAGCGCUUCAAGCGCAAGGACCGCAUGAGCUACCACGUGCGCUCACAUGACGGCGCUGUGCACAAGCCCUACAACUGCUCCCACUGUGGCAAGAGCUUCUCCCGGCCGGAUCACCUCAACAGUCACGUCAGACAAGUGCACUCAACAGAACGGCCCUUCAAAUGUGAGAAAUGUGAGGCAGCUUUUGCUACGAAGGAUCGACUCCGGGCGCACACAGUACGACACGAAGAGAAGGUGCCAUGUCAUGUGUGUGGCAAGAUGCUGAGCUCGGCUUAUAUUUCGGACCACAUGAAGGUGCACAGCCAGGGCCCUCACCAUGUCUGUGAGCUCUGCAACAAAGGCACUGGUGAGGUUUGUCCAAUGGCGGCGGCGGCGGCGGCGGCAGCAGCAGCGGUGGCAGCCCCUCCUACAGCUGUGGGCUCCCUCUCUGGGGCUGAGGGGGUGCCUGUGAGCUCUCAGCCACUUCCCUCCCAGCCCUGGUGAGCUCCAAGUUGGUGGGGGAAGAGAGGGGAGAGUGGAGGAAAGUCCCUUGGUGCAAUCUCCUCUCCCCCUCUCUAUUCCGACCAACUCCUCACUACUUCCCCCACCAACCAAGGAGCCUCCAGAAGGAAAGGAGGAAGAAAUGUUUUCUUAGGGGAAUUUGCUAGGUUUUAAUGAUUUGUUUCUCCUGCUCCUCUCUUCUCCCUGUCAGACCUGACCCCUCACACACCUGUCCCCUUGGUUGUGUUGAAGUCCCCUGGACGGUGGGUAGGGGUGGCAGAGGACAGGAGCAGCCACUGCCCUUACCCCUCUCCUCUCUGUAAUCCCCUGCCCGCCCAGGGAUUCGUGAGCCUUUCCCUCGAUGGUCCUUCUUGCUCUUCUCCUCCAGUACUCUCCCCCUACUGUCUGCUGACCCUCCCUGGGGAGUUGGUGCUUUCUUUUUCUUCUUUUUUUUUUUUUUCCCAGGGGGGAGGGAGGAGAGGAAGGAGGGGAAUCAAAGAUUCUGUCCCAGAGAGGGAAGAAGGUAAGAUUGGAGAUGGGGCAGAAGCAGGGAAGGCAAAGAUUGUACCUUCAUGACGUAGGGUUGUUUGGGGUCAGGCCCUAAACAUCAUCCUACCUGAGAAUCUGUCAGGGGGAAAAAGAGGCAAGGGGGCAAAAGGAGGAGCCACUGGGGCUAGAGGCAGAACAGGAGAUGGAAUCUUAGGGGGCCAAGGUAACUGAGGGGAUCCAGGGACUCGAGGUGCUUCCUGGGGUGGGGGGAAUGCAGCCACAGUGUCUCCCCCUUCCCUCUUCCACCCCAGCUCCACCCCUGGUCUUUUCACCCCUCUUCCCCACAACAGAAGCUGUGGCCCUGGCCAUGUCAUCGUGUUCCUGUGUCCCCUGCAUGUUCCCCACCCUCCACUCCCUCUUGCGCGGAUCCCAUUACAAUAAAUUUUAAAUAAAAACCUG